UUGGCCCCACCUACUUGCGUCCGCUAUAAAGCCCCUCGCAUUGCCGCCCUUCCCCCCCCACCGUCGGCGAAGGCAGGCAACCGGGAGCGAGAUGUCGUCUAGAUCGGCUAUGGUUUUGGGUUACUGGGACAUCCGCGGGCUGGCGCAUGCCAUCCGCAUGCUCCUGGAGUUCACGGAUACCGCCUAUGAAGAGAAACGGUACACCUGCGGAGGAGCUCCCGACUAUGAUAAAAGCCAGUGGCUGGAUGUGAAAUUCAAACUAGACCUGGACUUUCCUAACCUGCCCUAUCUCAUGGACGGUAAGAACAGGAUCACCCAGAGCAAUGCCAUCUUGCGCUACAUCGCCCGCAAGCACAAUAUGUGUGGUGAGACUGAAGAAGAAAAGAUCCGCGUGGACAUCAUGGAGAACCAAAUAAUGGAUUUUCGCAUGCAGUUGGUACAACUCUGCUACAACCCUGACCACGAAAAACUGAAGCCUCAGUACUUGGAACAGCUACCUGGACAACUGAAACAGUUCUCCUUGUUCCUGGGGAAAUACUCAUGGUUUGCAGGGGACAAGGUCACCUUUGUGGAUUUCCUCACCUAUGAUGUCUUAGAUCAAAACCGUAUCUUUGAGCCCAGGUGCCUGGAUGAAUUUCCAAAUCUGAAGGCUUUCAUGUGCCGUUUUGAGGCUUUGGAGAAAAUAGCUGCCUACAUGCAGUCUGACCGCUUCAUUAAGAUGCCUAUCAACAACAAGAUGGCCCAGUGGGGCAACAAGAGACUGUGCUGAGCAGCAGGCAGACUUGCACUGUUUGUUUUGUCCCAUCCCGUCCCUAGGGGAUCUGUACUCUCUCUUCUCUGCUCUUUCCAAUAAAUAACACUUAAGGCUA